CAGUCUUGCUGGGCCCAAUCCGUCUCCAUAUCCUCCUACAUCCUCAUCUCCGGCCCCACAGGCAUCGGAGCCUACGUCGUGUGGCACGUCACGGUGCAAACCCUCGAGGGCGGGGAAUUGGAAUUGAGGAAACGGUACUCGGAAUUCGAUCGACUGCGGAGUGAACUGAAGAGGGCGUUUCCUCACGCGGCGAAGAUGAUUCCGGAGUUGCCGAGGAAGAGUGUCGUUUCGAGAUUUCGGCCGGAGUUUUUGGAGGGGAGACGGAUGGGGUUGGAGCAUUUUUUGACAUGUAUUCUGCUCAAUCCGGAAUUUGCGAGUUCGCCGAUCUUGAAGGAAUUUGUCUUCUCUUGA